AUGAAGUCUUUAGUGGAUGACUAUUAUGAUAAUAAGGACAUGUGUCCGAUCUGUAAGACAGAUCGGUAUCUGUCACCAGAUGUGAAGUUUCUCGUGAAUCCAGAAUGCUACCACAAAAUCUGUGAAUCGUGUGUGGAUCGUAUAUUCAGCCUCGGUCCAGCACAGUGUCCCUACAAGAAUUGUGAUAAGAUUCUAAGAAAGAACAAGUUCAAGACGCAGAUAUUCGAUGACGUUGGGGUAGAGAAAGAGGUUGAUAUCAGGAAGAGAGUGUUUGCCGUCUUUAAUAAGAAGUUAGAGGAUUUUGAGGGAAGCUUGGAGGAGUAUAACAAGUAUCUGGAAGAGAUAGAGGAGAUUGUGUAUAACCUGGAUAACGGUAUCGAUGUUGCCCAGACGGAGGAGAAACUGCGUACAUACGAGGAGCUGAAUAGACAGCUGAUUAUGACCAAUAUGGAGCGUAAUAAGCAAGACUUGGAGAGUUUUGAACAAAGACAACAGUUUGAGAAGGAAAUGAGAAUGAAGAAGAGGAUUCUUGUCAGGCAAAUUGAAGAAGAAGAGAGGAUGAAUAAAGAAUGGGCCAAAAAAGAGAUUGUAAAUAGACUUUCAAGCGCCGAUGACGUUGAUGAUGUUAUAGAAGGUGUCAAGAAUACAGUGAAGUUAAAGAAAUCUUCUGCUAGAAGGAAAUUGGAGGAGUUGAAUAGGGUCAUGAUGAAUAACCCAUACUUAGCAGCCAACAGCGGCGGGCCCAGAAAGGAUGCUGUACCCUUCACGCCGUUCAAUGGGGACAGAGAUGUCUCAAAGCGUUAUAAUCUUGACGAGUCGCUGUACAGUGAUCCCUUUAUCAAGGAUUUGCAAGAAAGAAAGGACUUUAUCGCUUCUGGUUUUAGAGUCGAUUAUGUCUAUAGCCGUAUGCUCACUGAAGCAUUUAUGGGUCUCGGCUGCGUCAUCGGCGAAGAGUUACAAACCUCUUAA